AUGAUUCAGCUGGGUCUAUUUGAGGAGGCUACCUGCCGCAUCCCGGUCGUCUCACCGCCAGCCCGCAUACGCGGGGUCGCUGUAAAUAUUAGGAUCCCCGCCUUCUCUCGUCUGCCGGCUUCGAGGCAGGUCAUACGGAGUGGUUCCGCGGCGAGGUCGCCGUUUGCGUGUCCACGGCAUGGGUCGUCCAGGAGUUGUUGCUGCACACGGAAGUUAACAGCCAGGGCCUUCCACCGUUCCAAGGAGGAGGCGGAGGCUAGCUUUGAGGAGAGCAAUAGUCUGUUGGACGCAGCACUCAGCCGCGAGGAGCAAGCUGACCUAUGCGACAGACCGUUGUCCGCCGUUCCCCUUGACCGAACCGAGGCCUCGCGUAGAGCAGGUGACAGCAGUCACAGACCUAUUGCCCGAUUUCCCGGCCACGCACAUACGCUGUUUCCUGCGUUCUUUCCUCUCUUCGUCACUCCCCAGCUUAGGCCAUCGGUAGCGGCAUCUGCAGUUUCCCCCAGGUCCGGAGGUACUGCCAGUGAUCAGGCCCCUCUAAACCAGUUGCAUUCGCUGCCUCUCGUGUCGGGAUUCAAGAGCAUCGAGCCGGGUGACCUAACGAGGAGGACUUCAGAAGAGGCGUGCUCGUCGCCGAAGCUGGUUCCGGGUAGUCCGGGUCCAGGCCUUUCCACGUGGACCGGGGCUGUGGGGCUUCUUACUGUAUUGACUGGUCAGCUAUCUGGGAACUUGUACCGGCUGAUUGGCGCCAGUGCGUCCCUCUCAACGUCCGCCACCAUCCGUCGCCCACUCGCGCCACCGUCGCCGCCCUCCGAGCUCAGGUUCAUGGACACUGUAGCUUCUCCCCCGGCGACAGUCACUGCGGCCGACAUUGGCGAUGCGGACCGGCUACAGGAGUGGUUGGAGGCGCGUUUGCCGGGCGGCAAGGCGGUGCUGGAGCGAUGGGGCAGGGAGCGGGGCACGAAGCGCGUGGCGAAUCUGUGGCAGGAGCUGGUGGACGGCGAGGUGUGCCUCGUGGAUUCGCGCCCGCCGCUGCGCAAGGUGAGCGUGGCGAGCGUGCACGUGCGGCACGCGCGCACGGGCAAGGUGCUGCUGGAGGCCCUGCAGGAGAUGGCGGACGGCACGGUGCGCUCCAGAAACCGUCCGCUGUCGGAGAAGAUGCGGCCCGCGGAGAACCCCCUGGACGCGUGCCGGCGCGGUAUUCUCGAGGAGCUGGGGGAGGACCUCGGGGCGAGCCACCGCGUGUCCGUGCUGGCGGACACGCUGCGGCGGCAGGUGGAGGAGCGCGAGUCGUUCUCGUACCCAGGGCUGCGGUCGCAGUACGAGAUUCACGUGGUGGAGGCCGUGGUGGAGGGCCUGCCGGAGACGAGCUUCUGUACCGUGGAGAACGAGGGGCAGGCACAGAGCAGCAGCAGCAGCAGCAGCAGCAGGUGCAUAAGUGCGCUGCUGUCAGCGGCGAGGGGCCGUGCAUGUGGACCGGCAGCGGGAGUGGUGAGGCGAGGCCCAGGCCGUGCGGGCGUGGGGCAGGAGCAGGUGCAGAGCAGGGGGUGA